UCAGGGUGUAGGAGGAAGGGUGAGGAGCACCCGAAGAAGAGACUGGACAAAGCAGAGAGGAGCAAGGAGGCCUGAGGCCCUUAAAUCCACAGAGAGGAAACCUGGGGGCUGAGGGUCCAAGUGCCCCAGUGUUCUGCUCCCAACUUCACACCUCCUAUGUGCUCAGAGAUUGACUCACACUAGCUCAAAUUUAAGCCCGUUGCACAGAUGAGCAAACUGGGCAGAGAUUGCAGUUUGGUUAGUUUUUUGAAGAGCCAAGUCCGUCUAUAAGGACCUGUCACUCCAAGGCUGAGACAAGGCUGUGGGCUGGUCGGAGGGCUGGCCACAGUUUCUCCUGCCCCAGCACCUGCUGAUGCGGAUUGAGGAAAGAUAAAAGUGGGACUCUCAGUGCUCAUGCACUGUAGACACAGCUACAAGCAGACAACUGCAGCGUGGACAUCACUCCAGCCCGUGGCAGGAGCUGGCCAGCCAGAGCAUGAGCCGGAUUCUGUGCCUGAGCCUCACCCUCUGCCUGAUGAUACAGACAGCCCUGAGUGCCCUGCACACCAAGGAGCCUUUACUGGUUACCAAAUAUGAGACCCUCCAAGAAAAACAGAUGUACAUAGGGAAGACACCCAUCAAUGUCUUCCUAGGAGUCCCCUUUUCCACACCUCCAGUAGGUGCCCACAAGUUUGCUGCCCUGGACCCCCUAGAGCCCUGGAAAGGAAUAGACACCACCACCUACGCCCCUCUCUGCCUGCUGGGGCCCUGGGGGCAGAUCACCUACACGUGCUUCAACACAUGGAAACAAUACAAGCGGCUGCGCUUCAGAGAGAGUUGUCUGUACCUGAACGUGUAUGUCCCUGUGCGCACGCGGGGGGACCCUCUGCUGCCUGUAUGGUUCUCAGGAAGCACCUUCCUCGUGGGCUCCGCCUCCACGCUCGACGGCUUCGAACUGGCGGCCCGCGAGAAAGUGGCGCUCACGCUUCUGCAGCACAGGCUCAGCAUGCGGAGCUUCCUGAGCACGGGCGACAGCCAGGCCUGCGGGAACUGGGCGCUGCUGGACCAGGUUGCGGCUCUGCGCUGGGUGCAGAAAAACGUCGCGGCCUUUGGCGGAGACCCAGGCUAUGUGACCCUGUUCGUCCAGUCAUCAGAGGCCAUGUGCAUCUCGAGACUGAUGAGUGCAAUGAUGUCAUUCCUAGCCGGGGCUCUUUUCCAUCAGACCAUUUUCCAGAGCACCGCAGUACUCAGAGUCUUCAUCACUCCUGAACUGCUGAAGGUGACAAAGAAGGUUGCCUGCCUGGCAGGCAGCAACCACAACAGCCCAUGGAUUCUGGUAAACUGCCUGAGGGUGCAGUCAGGGGCUGAGGUGAUGCAUGUGCCCGAGAAGAUGAGAUUCUUCCACCUGAACUCCCAGGAAGACCCUCAAGAGAUCAUGUGGUUCAUGAGCCCUGUGGUGGAUGAUGACGUGUUCUCAGACAACCCUGUGGUGCUCUUGACCCAGGGGCAGGUUGCACCUGUGCCCUACCCUCUGGGUGUCAACAGCCUGGAGUUCAGUCGGCUUUUGCCUUUUAUGCCACUUCACUGCCUACUGUAUGCGUUUGGGUACCACGCUCCCACUGGCAUCAUUAUCAAACCCUGCACUGAUGGGGCAGACCAUGGGAAUGAGAUCUGCUUCAUCUUUAGGAGUGCCUUCUCCACAGACCAUUCCACAGGUGAGGAGAAGGUGCUGAGCCUUCAGAUGAUAAAACACUGAGCCAAUUUUGCCUGCACAGGAAACCCCAAUGGUGAGACACUGCCCUACUGGCCAUGCUACAGCAAGAAGUACCUGCAGCUAGAUUUCACCAUAAAAGUGGGCUUGAGGCUCAAGGAGGAGAAUAUGGCCUUUUGGAUGAGGCUGUGCCAGCAUUAA